AUGGUGAUUUAUUGCGUAGCCUUUGGAUGCAAGAACGAGCAAGACAUACGGAAAUUAUCAUUCCAUGGUUUUCCUUUCAAAAGGCCAGGCAUUCUUGAAUUAUGGAUUGAGGCAGUUCAUAGGGAGAAUUGGACUCCAUCUAAAACAAGCAAACUUUGUGGAGAGCAUUUCCUGCCAACUGAUUAUAUAGACAAACCAGGUCGUACUGCUAGGUUAUUGAAACCAGAUGCUGUACCAAGUAUAUUUGCAUUUACUAGGCAUUUGCCACCAAAAAAUACUGAUCCUGACAGUAAAAUAAGAAAACUGGAUGAUUCUAUGGAUGUUCAUAACUUGUGUAUUAAGGAAGAAGUUUCUCAAAUGGACAUUGAUUUGCCUAUGGCUUCUAGCUCCCAAGUAUUGAAGUUCUUUGACAAAGAAACCCAAACUAUUUCAUUCCAGAAGGAUAUGCUAUUGCGAAGAAACAAAGGAACUCAAACUGUUUCAUUCCAAAAGGAUAAUCCAUUGGGAAAAACAGUGAAGACACUGAGACAAAAAGUGAAAAGGAGAGACCUAGAAAUUUCGAAAAUGAAAGAAGUAGUUCAAUCAAUUUCCAAUAGUGUCUAUAGUAAUGACAAUCAUGAGGAAAUUAUAAAUGAAGUAAUACAUUAUUUUGCUUCAAAUAAAGAACUAUUCAAACCUAGCCACCCUGUAACUCAGGAAUUUUUAGGUGAAGAUUGCUAUGACAUUCAGAUUAUUCGAAAAAUAGUUGAUAAAUAUUUAGAGUGUAGGAUGUAUCACCUAUUAGAAUGA